AUGAUGGGAUAUUCGACGAUUUUGAUCUGGGAGGAACUGAUCACCACCACUGCCGCCCCCUUCGACCCAGUAGCCGUGGCCGACAACUUUGAGAACUUGCCGGUGACGGCGGCUCCAUUUCAGCCACCACAACCGCCGGCUCCGCCCCCAGAUCCGGCCCUUCAGGCUCCGCAAAUUUCGGAGCCCCAACCGGCUCCGUAUGCCGUCGUACCGCAGCCCACCCAGCCGCAAGCCAGCGCUGCCUCUGAUGAUCUCGUCUAUUUGACAGCUUCCGGUCCGGUGCCCGUCAACCCGGCGCUGGGACCGAUUAUUCUAUACGGAAAUUCCGGAGGUUCCGGCACAUCCGGUGGCGGCGGAUCCGCAAUUGGUGGAUUUGGCCAAUCGACCCCAAUGUACUCGGGUUACGGUAGCGGAUACGGUGCCGGCUACGGUAGCCCAACCUACAGUACCCAGGCCACGGGAUACGGAUACGGUAGCGGCGGUGGAUACGCGCAAGACUAUGGUCGCUGGUCCCCCUACGGUACGACGUACAAAAUUGGGCAGGACUCGCUAGGGUACCUCGGC